AUGGGUGCUGAUGUGAAACAGACAGACAUAGGUGUAGUGGCUCCGUAUCGCGAUCAAGUCGCUUUGUUGAAGCGAUCUCUGGCAGGGUUAGUGGAAGUGAGCACUGUUGAUCAAUUCCAAGGCAGAGACAAAGCUGUCAUCAUUUACUCUUGCACUAGGAACGAUGUUAAGGAAAAUAAGAAAGUCAAGAACAGGGAUGUUGCAGAUGCCGAUAUAUUCACAUCCGCGGAUGCGGAUGCGGAUGCGGAGUUUUGCAGGCUCACAUCCGCGGAUGCAGAUGCGGAUGCGGAUGUUUAA